GGAGCCCCGCCGCCAAGCAGGAAGGCUUGACAGAUCCUUUUUUUGUCGGUUUCACGGUCACGACUCCCAGUUCAGGCCAACUACAAUUCCCUUUCGAGUCCUCCCGAUGCCUUGAAUUACGGAUUACGCGGCUCAUUGUCGGCCAGGAGUAGCAAGGCAGCCAAACGUCGGCAGAAAGCUGCAGCACCUUGAAGGUCUAGAUCGCCGCCAUGAAGAGCACUGCGCAUGGAUGAAGAUCCCUUCUGCAUUUCAAGAGUCGAGAAGCCCCAACAAAACCUUUCCCACAACACUGGCGUCACCUCAGGUACACAUAAUUUCGAAUUUUAACGAAUACACGAAGUUCAAACGCUGUCUACUCAGGAGGACAGGGCUAGCUCAGCGAUCGUCUAGCUUGGCAUCCACGGGAAACGUUGAGGUUCGAGUUCCUCAACCCGCGUGUCAGGUCUUAACAAGCGGAGAGCGCCAUUGUUCCAAUCUCCGCGACGCAUAUUUCGGCUGCUUACGCAGAUUGUUAGAGUGUAAUAAUUACAUGAUUACAAGGCACAGGCACGAGCAUCUGUCAUCAAAUCGCCUCAGCUGGCAUUGUUCAAUGCGGUCCAGCCCGCCGGGCACCCGAUGUCAAGUCCGGACACCCUGCCGAUCCCCGCCUUUCGCGUUUCAGUCAUGGAUGCGCCUCUUUUUGGCGAUGCCUGCAGGCCCCCCUUCAUCCUUCCGGAAGAUGGGUAGUCUAGACCCCAUUGCCCGGUCGCCGCGUCGGCCGAAUUGCCCGCCGUCGAAAUCAGGAAUACCUGGCAGCCAAAACCCCCGCAGAUCCAGCACGCAGCGGGGCAGAUCCAUCCAAGCCACAACACAGGGGGUCACAUUAUCUCCAAGUCCCGGCCUACACUAAAACGGUACGGGGGCUCUCGGUCGCAUACCUCGGCACACCGGCGAUAUUCGAAGGCCGGUCACACUGCAUAUCCGUCCUCAGCGCCCUCGACAGCAGGGCUGAGGGUUACGUAUUCCGUAUUCUCCGAGGGAAGAGGGUGUGGGGGCGCUUGGCUCUACGCACAGGAGGCGCCUGAUCGCGCGGGUGGUACCCUGAGGACGGGGCC